UGCAGCUUCGUUGUUGACAUUAUCACAAAAUCAUUAUCAACACGUAAUCUUCACAUCAAAAUUCUCACAAAUUAAUCUCUUAUAAGAUUAUUCAAUUCAAUACAGUCCAAAACAAUUAGCUUUCUAUAAUCACAACUCCGAUUCCAGGAUAUUCAUCUUGAUCGCCAUCUCUCCAUCUUCACUCUUCCAACCUAAACAAAAAUGGAAUCUCUCCGAUUUUCUGCUCACGUCAGCACUCCGGCGCCGGACUUUCCGGUCACUCGCAGGGCCGUGCUCGCUCCGAACCGGAUCGGGUUCAGAGUAUCCGCGCAGAGCGAGGCUGCUGCAGAGCCUGAUCUUAGCGUGACGGUAAACGGGCUCAAAAUGCCGAAUCCCUUCGUCAUCGGGUCGGGUCCGCCCGGAACCAACUACACCGUCAUGAAGCGCGCCUUCAACGAAGGCUGGGGCGCGGUUAUCGCCAAAACGGUGUCACUGGAUUCUUCGAAAGUUGUGAAUGUAACCCCUCGGUAUGCUAGAUUACGGGCUGGAGCGAAUGGAUCUCCUAAAGGGCAAAUCAUAGGGUGGCAAAAUAUUGAGCUGAUAAGCGACCGGCCUCUAGAGACUAUGUUGAAGGAAUUUAAACAGUUGAAGGAAGAGUAUCCGGACAGGAUACUCAUUGCUUCUAUCAUGGAAGAAUACAACAAAGCUGCGUGGGAGGAGCUCAUUGACCGAGUUGAGCAAACUGGAAUUGAUGCUUUUGAAAUCAACUUUUCGUGUCCUCAUGGAAUGCCAGAGCGUAAAAUGGGCGCUGCUGUUGGCCAAGAUUGCGCACUUUUGGAAGAAGUUUGUGGAUGGAUUAAUGCGAAAGCAACUGUCCCUGUUUGGGCAAAGAUGACUCCAAACAUCACAGACAUCACGCAGCCAGCUAGAGUGUCUCUGCAAGCCGGAUGCGAAGGGGUUGCUGCAAUCAACACAAUCAUGAGCGUCAUGGGGAUUAAUCUUGACACCUUGCGCCCAGAGCCUUGUGUGGAGGGAUAUUCGACUCCGGGAGGCUAUUCAGCCAAGGCAGUCCAUCCUAUUGCACUUGCAAAAGUGAUGAGUAUUGCACAGAUGAUGAAGAAGGAAUUUGCUGAUAAAGAUCUCUCGCUUUCUGCUAUUGGAGGAGUUGAGACAGGGAAUGAUGCAGCCGAGUUCAUACUUCUUGGAGCCAAUACAGUUCAGGUCUGCACGGGCGUGAUGAUGCAUGGAUAUGGUCUCGUGAAGACGCUUUGUUCUGAGCUGCAGGAAUUCAUGAAAAAGCACAACUUUUCAUCCAUUGAAGAUUUCAGGGGAGCUUCUCUCGACUAUUUCACGACCCACAUGGAUCUGGUGGCAAGGCAGCAAGAGGCGAUUCGCGAAAGGAAGGCCACCAAGAAGGGGUUGCAAUCUGAUAGAGACUGGACGGGCGAUGGCUUCGUGAAAGAAUCAGAGAGUAUGGUAUCAAACUGAUGACUCUUGUUCAAAUGUGAUAUUUCUGUUCAAUCUGUACCAACACAAAAUUCAACAAUGGAGAGCUCAAGUUGUUUUUUAA